UCAAAAUUUUUCAGCUGUAGAAAAUAUUGAGCUGUUUUUUUGAGUUUUGAGCAACAAAUAAUUAAUUAUUUGACGUAUAAAUGCAAAAUUUUCAAUAACUUAAUUGAUUUUCCAAGUAUGAAAAACAAUUAGGAAUCAAUUAAAGGUGUUAAUUACGACUUAUACAAUCGCUAUUCUUCGGUGAAUGUACAAUAUUGAUGUGUGGGGAUUAAUUAUUUUUUCACGCUAAUUUUUUGUAUUUUAAAACAAUCUGGAUUGUUGUACCGAAUAUCUAGCUGAGAACUGAACGUAGAAAUAAUUCAUGACUAUCGUUUUCCUUCUCUCUAAUGCACGUAAUGAUCGAACGUAUUGUAUCAAUAAUUCAUAACAUUGACUCGAUUUCAUACAUCAUCUAAUUUGUCGGUGUGUACACAAUAUACUCUGUAUAUGUGAUGAAUUUGUAAACCUGGAACGCAAAACUAUCGCUUACAUUCCUUACAUGCACAUCACUUAGUCAGAAAUGGAGACCAAUCUAUACAAACUCAGAUCAUCAUUCGUGAAUGUUGCAACUACCUGCCUUUGUUGACUUCCUACCGUAUUAUAAUUAAGUCUAUAAAAUGCCUAGACGUCGUUUUCUCGGUAAAACGUCCCGAAUCGUGGGUCUAUGUUCCAUCGCUAAUUUUAUCAACUCGGCCGAUCGAGUGAUAAUGCCCAUUGCCAUUGUACCUAUGGCAGAGCAGUUUCACUGGAGUUUACAGAUUCAAGGUUGGAUUUUAUCUUCGUUCGCUUUCGGAUAUUUAACCAGCCAGAUCAUAGGAGCUUGUGCUGCUCAGAAGUUUGGAGGAAAAUCAGUUUUAUUUUUUGCUGUUUGUUUGUGGUCUUUGUCGACAGUAGUGACUCCUAUUUUUUCUCAUUCGGCGACUGCUUUGAUAAUUUGUAGGAUUAUACUUGGUCUUGGAGAAGGUUUAGGAUUGCCCACGAUAUAUCUCAUAUUUGCUAAUAAUAUUCCAAUCGAAGAACGAUCCCGAGCUUUUGGGUAUCUUUAUGCUGCUGGGUCAAUCGGUCAGACGAUCGCUUCAGUAAUAUGCCCUCAUUUAAUGUGGGAAACCAGCUUCUAUGUGUUUGGUAUUCUAGGAAUCAUAUGGGUAUUGUGUUGGUUACUAUUUUACAAUGAAAGCACUCCGUUGAUGGGUAAAGAUGAACUUCCCCUCAUUACUCCUAAAGUCGUUAGUUUUAAUAUCAUGUGGGUGGAAUUCUUCCGGCAUUGGGCUCUUUGGGCCAUUUAUAUAGCGCAAUUUUCGAUGAAUUGGUCCACAUAUAUCAUAAUGCAAUGGUUACCUACAUAUCUGUCUCGAUAUUUGGGCGCUAAUAAAGAAAGCAUCAGUUUCACCGCCGCACCUUACAUCAUGAAUUCACUAGUUGGAGUUGGUGCCGGCCAUUUUGCGGAUGCGUUAAUUAGUCGUCGAUGGACGGUGCUUUCAGUCCGCCGUUUAAUGACUGGAAUCGGUCUUGUUGGUCCUGGUUUGUUUCUGUUGGCAUUCUGUACUAUGGACAAUUUACUAGCGGCAGUUUUAUUCGUCUCGAUUUCAAUGGGAUUCUGCGCCUGUAAUUCAGCCGGCCAUCUGAGUAAUCACGCAGAUAUUGCGCCAAACCACGCCGGAGUUACGUUUGCCAUAUCUAAUACAAUCGCUACAGUACCUGGGAUACUAAGUGGCCCCGUCACAGCUGAAUUGGUCACAGCAUCACACGGCAGAUGGUUUCCUGUUUUUGUUCUGGCUGCAGCCGUGAAUUUCACCGGCGCCAUUAUCUAUUACAGCCAGAGUUCUGCUUCUCAAGUUCUGUGAUAAAAAAAAGGUGCGACAGGGGAGAGUGGAAAUGAGGAGAAAUAAAUGAUGCUAAGUCAUUUUAUUUACAUUGUUCCGUUUUCGUUGAUUUAUUUAUUUUAUUAAACGUUUUUAUCGCGAA